UAUUUAUUGGAAUUUGGAAGUUGGAACUAGGUGAAGUAAAUAGAGGCAGCAAACUGAACGAGUGUUUGUGGUGUAAAAGAUAAACUUCGUUGCCAUGGCCGGUCGCUGCUGCUCUUUCUUCUCUCCCUCUUCUUCUGACGUUGCUACCCUUUCACACUCUUCUCUCACACCGUCACUCUCACUUUCAACUACAACAAAAUUAAGAACAACAAGAAGAAGCUUCCUAUGUCUAAAGAGGAGAAAUGGGUCUUUGAAGCCUCUCGUUUGUGCCCUCAACAAUCCAUUGCAAUACCGGAAGCUCGGUGAUUCUGACCUUAACAUCAGUGAAAUUACUCUUGGUACUAUGACAUUUGGGGAGCAAAACACAGAGAAAGAAGCUCAUGCCAUACUCAACUAUGCAUUUGAGCAUGGCAUUAAUGCUCUGGAUACUGCUGAGGCUUAUCCAAUUCCAAUGAAGAAAGAGACACAAGGAAGCACUGAUCUCUAUAUCGGUAGCUGGCUGAAAUCUCAAUCUCGUGACAAGAUUAUUUUAGCAACAAAAGUAUGCGGUUAUUCUGAGAGAUCGAGUUACUUACGCGACAACGCAAACAUUUUGCGGGUUGAUGCUGCAAAUAUCAAAGAAAGUGUGGAGAAAAGCCUUAAUCGCCUUGGGACUGAUUAUAUUGAUCUGUUGCAAAUUCACUGGCCAGAUCGCUACGUUCCAUUGUUUGGCGAUUAUUCCUAUGAUUCUUCCAAAUGGAGGCCUAGUGUGCCGUUUAUUGAACAGUUGCAAGCUUUUCAAGAACUUAUCAAUGAAGGAAAGGUACGUUACAUAGGCGUUUCAAAUGAGACUUCAUACGGAGUGAUGGAGUUUGUCCAUACAGCUAAAGUCGAGGGACUUCCAAAGAUUGUCAGUAUCCAAAACAGCUAUAGCUUGCUUGUGCGAAGUCGUUUUGAAGUUGAUCUUGUGGAAGUUUGCCAUCCAAAGAAUUGCAACAUUGGCUUGCUGGCCUAUUCACCACUUGGAGGUGGAGCACUCACAGGAAAAUAUAUAGAUACAAAUUCAGAAGCUGCAAAAAGUGGAAGAUUGAACCUCUUCCCUGGUUACAUGGAAAGAUAUAACAAAUCGAUUGCACGGGAAGCAACUAUUAAGUAUCUUGAGUUGGCCAAGAAACAUGGUUUAACACCUGUUCAGCUUGCGCUUGGAUUUGCGAGAGAUCGUCCGUUCAUGACGAGUUCGAUUAUUGGUGCAACUUCUGUGAACCAACUAAAAGAAGACAUUGAUGCUUUUACAACAACUGAACGGCCUUUACCAGCAGAAGUCAUGGCAGACAUUGAAGCUAUCUUCAAGAGAUACAAAGAUCCCACCAUUCUUUAAAGACUGUAACACCUUUUAUUUUUUGGAAUUAUUUAAUCACUUCCAUUGACUUAAUCUGUUCCCCAUACAUAUUGAAACUAGGGUGUAUAAAACUGACUACAUUACUUAUUAAAAAAUAGUUCAAAUAACUUUGUACACUGUAUUUUCUAUUGA